UUUCUCUUUCUUCCUUUUUGUUGUAUUUGAACAAUGUCAGUACCAUGGAUAUCGGGUAUGCAGGGGAGUAGUGUGAAGGAAAUUUCCAGUCAUGCUUUCUUGGAAAAAAAGGAUGUAGCACUCCUGGCCUUCACGGGUUGGGCUGUGUGGAACCGAAGAAAUCAGCUACACUUUAAGGAGAGUGCAUGCCCAAUAGAUCAGAUUCUACUGCUGGCAAAGGAAAGGAAAAGGGAGUUCCAAAGUUUUCAUUCAGCAACUCUGAAGAUGCAGCACCGAAAACACACCAGAUGGAAGCCACCAAAUAGGGAUUUUUACAAGGUUAACUAUGAUGGAGCGGUUUUUGCGGAGCAAGGAAGAGCAGGGAUAGGUGUCAUCAUUCGGAAUUCAGAUGGGGAAGUCAUGGCAUCAAUGUCUCAGCAAGUUCAGCUCCCAACAACAGUUACGCAGGUUGAAGCAAUGGCAGCGAGGAAAGCGGCAGAGUUCGCCCUUGAAAUUGGUUUUAAUAAAGCUGUCUUGGAAGGCGACUCGGAGAUCGUUUACAAGGAUCUCAAGAAUAAUGGUCCCUCAGUGGCCUUACAUGGUCGCUUGAUACAGGAUGUUAAAGCAUUGUUUCCUUUGUUUUCUAGCAUCUGUUUUAGCCAUGUAGGUCGGGCAGGAAAUAAAGCCGCCCACUCAUUAGCUAGAAGGGCAAUUCUUUCACAAAAUUUAAAUGUCUGGAUGGAAGAUGUACCACUAGACAUCCUUGAGUUUAGGCUGAUUUCAGCCUUCCUUGAUUUUUUAAUACAAGUGCAAUUUUCAUUCUCAAAAAAAAGAAAGAAAAACAAUGGCAGUACCAAACACCUUGAUUGUAACAAGAUGCAAUAGUUUUGGCAUGGGGUAUGUAACAAACUCUGCUAUCCUCCCAGUCUUGAUUGGGAAGUUUGAUCAUCAGUGAUUCUUUGAACAAUAACUCCAUUGUCAUGGUGCACGAGGAUCUGGAGCAAAAAUUCACGUUUUCCA